AAAAAUACAGUACCUAUAAAAAACACACUGUAUCAGGGUAUUUACUGUAAGUGAAAACGAAGGUCUUUCUUGCCAGCUAAGAGCGAGCAGCUGCUCCUCCUAGCGAGCUCAGAAAACAAUUUUAGCACAAAGUAGCUUCCCUACCAGUCAGAAUGAAAGUGCAAGUUAAAGAGUAGCUCCUUAAAGCGCUUUUGUGAAGAUUGUGAAGAGGAUUCAGCCUCAGGAACGUGGUGUUUGCCUCUUCAGAGCUCUGCUCGGGGAACUAGCUUGCACGUCAGUCUGGCCUGGCAAUGUGUUCAGAAAAGGAGCUGCUUCUGUUGCUGCUGCUUUGAAAAUCUGCUUCUGCAUUGUCUUAUGUAUUUGGAGAGAGAUCAGUUUGGAAACCUAGUGGUUUUUCUGUGAGAUUUUCACGGUGGAAAUGGAAGAACAGCCUGACAAAAAGAGCAAAUGUUCCCAAGAUGAUGGCUCUGGAGGAAGCUGUGAUGGUUGUAAUAAGGAUGAAAAAAAAUCAUCUGGAAAUACAGACCCAUCCUCCCAUCAGGACGUUAUGGCAAAUGAGGUAGAAGGUGCUAAGGCAGGAAGAAGGAGUCUAUGGAACCAACUGUUCAGGUGUUGGAGUGACCAUGAGGAGAGAGAGAGAGACCAAGUCCAGGACCAGCUAAGGGAUAUGGACUCCAUCUCCCAGCGGCCGAAGGCACUCUCCGAUACCGAGCCAAGGCAUGUAGGUAGCCAAGGAGACAGUGUCCCGGACAAGGCAGAAGAGGCAUCGGGUGGGCCAUUGGAUCCUGGCCGAACCAGUCCUAAGGGGGAGAAGUCAGCAGUGGAGGAGGAAAGGCCUGGGAUGGAGCUAAGAACAAAGGGACAUGUGGACAGCCCUUUGGAAGAGCAGAUCUUAGGAGGACAGAACACCUCAGAAGGCAGGAGCCGGGAUGUGGACUCCAUCUCCCAGCGGCCGAAGGCACCCUCCGAUACUAAGCAAAGAAAGUACAUGGGGCUGUGUAACCAGGGCUCCACCUGCUACUUGAACAGCCUGCUGCAGUGUCUCUUCUUCACUCCAGAACUCAGACGAGCCAUUUGCAGCUGUGAUAACACUGACCCUGGCAUCCUGCACAGCCUGAAAAAGCUGUUUCAAGAGCUGACGGAUGGAAAACAAAUUCCCACCACAACAGGAAUUACUAUGUGCCUUGGAAUUCGCAAUGUGAACCAGCAACAAGACAUUGAGGAAUAUUUCAGGCAGCUGAUGGAUAAAAUAAUUGAAGAGAAAGAAGGUAUACGCCAGCUAUACGAGGUGAAACAGGUCCAUACCAUCACUUGUUGUGAAUGCAGACUCCAGACAAAAGUGGAGAAUCCUGUCCUGAGUCUUUCCCUCUCUUUUCAAAAGUUGACUUCUAAUCACUCCGUUUACUCUGUGGCCACCACUUUGGAUGAGAUGCAGGAAGAAAGCACCUUUACAGGAGAUGACCAGCUAUAUUGCGAAAACUGUGGAUGUAAACAAGAUGCCACCUCGAAAUACUGCUUUGGAAGUCUACCCCAGAUUCUGGUUCUGCACUUGAAGAGAUAUCAGUUUGAUUCUUUUACCGGGUUUAGAAAGCUGAGUUGUGUAGUGUCUGUGCCACUCUCACUCGAUGUGGACAAGGAAGACCACCCUGUACACUAUGAUCUCUAUGCCAUGUGUCACCAUUUUGGAGGAAUUCAGGGAGGCCAUUACCUGGCUGAAAUAAAGCCUAUUGGAAAUGAUAGCUGGUAUGAAUUCAAUGACAGCAGAGUGCGCAAGAUGCAAAAAGAAGAGAUCUCUCCAGAUGGCACGAACUGCGUGAGUACCACCGUGUAUCUGUUAAUGUACCGAUGCCGGGUGGAUCCCAGUGCUGGGUCAGUCUUAACUGGGGGGCUGUGGAGAAGAGUCCUUUCCAGCUGGUUGCCUGUCCCACAUCCCUGCCUCCAGGAGGAACAUCAUCCAGCCAGAGGCCAGACAGAAUUCAGCUCCCAGUUUCUCCAGUCAGCAGCCUCAAUAAGUCUUCAGGUUGUGGGAGGGCUGUGGGAAGAGGGAGCAGUGAGGCUGUUGUCCUGGAAGAGAUGUGGAAGUGGAUAUAGCCCAGCAGCUCUGGCUGGCUCCACUGCCUGCUGUGCACAACAGGUCCAUCUGGUUUGGGGUCGUCUUCUUUCCUGUUCUAUCUCAUGUCCAGACCAGGCAAGAGAAGACUAAACUAAAAAAUCUGUUGGAGCUGAGUCCUUGAUCGGGUUGGGAAAGAGAGAAAAAGGUGUUCCCACUACAUUUGCCCUCACCUUGGGCUGUGGGGGGAGAAGUAGAGUUGGAGCUGAGAAGGGGCGUGGAAAGGAGUGAAGGCUGGAGGGGUGCAUAGUAAGCACUGGACUGAAUGACUCAGUGAGGUGGAGGUGUGAGGUGGAUACAAUUAAUUAAAAGUAUGGGAGAACCCGGAACUCCCUGUCAGGCAGCGGGGAGAGUUGCAGCAGUGGUUGCCAAAGCACCACGUACUGACAUAAAGCUGGGUGAACUGGUGCAAAGAAUUGGGAGAGCUGUGCUAUGGGUGAAUCUGUGAGAAGUGAUGAACCUGUUGGAACAGCGUGAACCAGGCAGCUAACAACUUUGUUGGGUUCUGGGAAAGAGCAUGCUUCUGCUGUGUUGUGUGACUGAGGAGAUGGACCUGGACUCUGGGGACAGGCAGUUGUCCUGUGUUCCAGCUCUCAGGGAGGGGAACUACCCAGGAGGUCCCGUACCCCAAGACUGAGCCUAGAACCUCCCAAGAGAAGGGCAGCACUUAAGCCCUGCUCAGAUAGUAGAGGAUUAGUAUACCCAGGGACCCAGCAGCUGGGUGCAUUGAUGCUAAUUUGACAAGUA